AUGUUUAUUCAAAAUUUAUUUAAUAACAAUUUAAUAAUAAAUAAUCAGUUUCCAUUUAUUCAAAGACAUGUCAAAAAUACAUUGGCAUCCACCCAUGAGAAUCAUAAUAUCGUUAGUAAAGCGUAUACAUUCUCUGUACUUGCUAACAAAACUAGUUAUCUCAAUCCUGAAAUUAAUAGUUUUGCUAAUAAAGAAUUAGUAUCACGUAAUCUUAUAACGAAACUAAUCAAUAAAUAUUGGCAAGAAACUAUUUUUUUGUCACAACCGAAUAUAUUAUCAGAUCUGUAUAGCAGUCAAUUACAGUCUGAUGGUUUAGCCGUUUAUAAAAAUCGAUAUAAGAAAUUUAUAUUUUAUUUUAGCAAAGCUUUAAUUUCAGGAAGAAUAGAAACUACUUUAGAUCAAUCAAAAAAAAUAAAUAAUAUAAAUAAUAAUCGAGCAGAAAUAAAAUAUAUCUGGAAAAAGGGGUUUAAUUUUUCACAACCUAGAAAUUUUGUAAAGUUGAAAAAACAGGCAAAUUAUCUUACUUCAAGUCAGUUAGCUGUUGUAAAAAAAUUACAGCAAAAUAAAUUACCUAUUUUUACUAUAAGAAAUAAUUUUAAUCAAAUAAUUGUUACUGAACCUUCAUAUGAAUUAAUUAGUCAGCAAGGUUUAGUAGAUCAAAUAUAUCAAUUUUAUUGCAAUAGUAUUGUACGUAAGACAGAUAAUAGACUGAUACAUGAAGCUUUAUUUUUUGUUAAUCCAGAAGAUAUUGUAGAAUAUCAAGAAUCUAUUAAAAAUACAUAUAUUGAUAAAAGUAAUUGCGCAAAUUUUAAUAUAUUUGCUACAGGUUUAGAUUUUUACUAUAAAUUAGUAAAAUUAUCUCCGCUUAAAGUGCAAUUUCAUCUUAUACCUGAUUUUCAAGAGUUAGGUAAUCUAAUCUAUAAAUAUCAAUAUAAACGAAAUAUUACUUUUCAUAGUAAUCAAAAAUAUGGCAAAGAUUUCUUUCAAGGUCAGCCAGUAUAUAUUCUUAAAUCUGUUUCAUCUAAAAAUAAAAAAACUCAGCAAAAAAAAGUUAUUAAUUAUAAUUAUAGUUUAAAUAAUAACAAAAAUUAUGAAGUAGUAUUCUUGAAUUAUGAAGUGGCAUUAUUAGCAUGGCGAAAAUUUGUAAUGCAAAAUAAUAGUUAUUGUUUACCAUCUGUACCUAAUAUGCUUGUAUAUAAUUUAGAAGAUUUUUUAAAAUUUUAUGAACAAAGAGAAAACAAUGAUAAAAAAAACUUACUUUUUGUACCUAGUCAACAAUCUUAUAAAUUUAUUAAAAACAAUGUAUUUAACAAAUCUCAACAACAUAUACCUCAAAAAUUUAGUAAGAAGUUUCUACGUUUUCAAAUUAUAGCCAAAAGAAUUUUUUGGUCUUUAACUAGUAGACAACCUACUAAUUUGUAA